AAGAAUUACAAAAAAAACUUUGCUAGGGAGACUCUUUGCCUUCCCCUAACCCCCUCUGUCCACUUCCACCUCCGCCCUUCACCUUUCUGGCGAGACACUUCGUCCUCCCCCAACCUCCUCAGCCCACUUCCACCUCCGUCCUUCCUCACACCUCUGCCCUUCACCUUGCUGGCGAGAUAGUACUUCGCCUUCCCCCAACCCCCUCCACCCUUCCUCCCACCUUCGUCCUUCACCUUGAUGGCCUCCUCCGUCGCCGAUGCUCCUGACAAGUGAUUCGGUGGAGGACUCCCGACAAUUGAAAACUAAAUCAAAAUUAUAGAAUACCAUAAACCCAAUUGAAUUUAUGUGGCUGGAGAAAGAAGAGAGUGGAGAUCUGUCGUUAAUCGGGAAUUCGUCGCAGCUGCUCGCCGCCAACGAUGCAUUUGUCGUUGCCGGGUCUUCAUCGCUAUUGUCUUCCAGCCAUCAAAGCUCGGCGCCUCCGUACCGCUAGAUCCCCAUGGACACGCUGUGUUCGCGGCGCCGCUGCGCCUCGUCGUCUUAUUCCCUAUCGCUUCCGCCUGUUAUGUUCUUUGAGGAGAGAAAGGAGGGUUCGAGAAGUUGGGGGAAGCCGACGAUCUCAGUUCCAGAUUUGGAGGUGGAAAGGCGACGAGAGAAGCAGUGAACGAAAUUUUGGGCGACCAGAACGAAAGUUGGGGGAAGCCAGCGAUCUUAGUUCCAGAUUUGGGGAGGAGGAGAAGAUGAAUGUUCGGAGAUGGAGAAAGAAGCGGCCAUGGCGGAAUUAGAUUUAGUUGGGAGAGAGUGAAGCGGAGAACGAGGCAGACAUAUUCCUUUUUUUUUUGUUCAACUAGCCUAUUUGGCAUCUACGUGUAAAGUUUGGUUGCUUUUUGGCUUAUGUGGCAGGUGAGAUAGCAUCGAUUCAGCAUUCCGUUAGUCAAUUUAACGUCGUCUGACACGUCAUUAUAGUUUCAAACGGAAGUGGAUAGAUUUGUCACACAACCUUCCGAUUUUUGGAUAUUUCGUGUAUUUCAAUAGUUGUGGAUAUAUUUGUCACGAACCUGAUAGUUGUGGAUAUACAGCUGUAUUUUGCCUUAAUCUAGAAAUAAAGAUAGAAUGUUCAAACCACAUACCUCACCCAAGAGCGAAAAUCAAACCCCAAAAUACCAGCAUGAAACAACGAUAGAGCCUUUUUAGCCACCAAAUAGGCCAUCUGAUUACGCUCCCUACCAACAAAACACACAUGAACCAAAUGAAAAGCUCUCUUCAGCUGUAGAACCUCGCCCAAAAUAACACCUCCCGCGCGUCAUGGCUCAAAGACCCUGUAAUCCUGUCAAUAACAACCAUUGCAUCCCCGCUAAACUCCAUAUAUGAAAAUACCUUUGAAGACGUCCACCGCAUUGCAUCCCUCAAUGCGAGCAACUUCAUCAGGAACGGAUCCGUCGGACAUGCAUAAAAAAAACAUUGUGCCAAUAAAAGAUCCCCCGAGCCAUCCACUACCACCACCCCCGCAGCGCCAAGUGAAUUCGAGCACACCGCACCUCCACAUAACAAACCCAUGGCAAACUGACACCACUAUCCCCAACCUGCUCGAGUCCGACACCCACACCUAAGCCACCUGGAGGUCCAGGGACUCGACCAAGCCCCUCUCAUUCCGCCACCUGGCCAUGAAACUGACGCAGCAACAUGAAAUUCGUGCAUUGAAAAUGAUCAAACGUCACCCAAUUUCUAGACUUCCAAAUAAGCCAAAGAAGUGCCACCACUCGAAGAACUGUAGUCGUCGACCCAUCCCUAGUCACUCCCAAGGACUCGACCUAGCCCCUCCCAUUUCGCCACCUGGCCAUGAAAUUGACGCAGCAACACUGAAUUCAUGUAUUGAAAAUGAUCAAACGCCUCUCAAUUUCUAGACUUCCAAAUACGCCAAAGAAGUGCCACCACUCGAAGAACUGUAGUCGUCGGCCCAUCCCUAGCCACUAUAGCUUUAAAAAAAAGGAUGCCACAUUCCCCACUGGUAACCCCUCCCACAAGGCCAUCAAUCCCGAGUCACGCCACAACCCUAAUGCAACCGAACACUGCAAGAAUAAAUGCUCCAUAGACUCCAACUUAGCCCAACAAAUCGGGCAAUGCAUAUUACAAUUAACACCCUUGUCCUGCAGAGCUUCCAUUGUCGGCAAAAUUUGUCUAAGGAAUUGCCACACAAAAAAUUGCAAUUUCGGAGGGAUAUCAAAAUGCUAAACAUAGUUCCAAAACCCCGAAUCAAACCAAGACACCUCUGCAUGGCACCUAACAGUCCUACGACUACCCUCCGACGCUACUUUAUACCUUGAUUUCGCUGUAUAGCACCCCGAUUCCUCCUCAUACCAAACCACUCUAUCUGGCAAAGAAGAUCGUGGCAGUGGAGUCAUUAAAAUGUGACUAACCAUGUCCCCCGGAAAACAUGCACGUAGACAAUCCUGACACCACUCACCGGUCGUGCCAUCAAUUAAGCUAUCCAUCGUCUGGGUCGGAGCUACUUGCGCAGUCGACAGGAGAGAGAGACUUGAUGCAGUUGCAUUCCAGGCACCCAAACAUCUUCGCAUAUCCUAAUAUCAAUGUCACUCCCCACCUGCCACCGCAAUCCCAGCACCAGCAAAUGCCUACCCUCCAAAAUCCCUUGCCACCCCCACGAGGGGCGAGAUCUCUACGUGACACUAAAAAAAAUUAAAAUGGGGGGAAUAUUCACUACAACAAAUUCGGCUUAUUUUG